AUGGAUUCUACGCCAAGAUUCACCCGAAUAAACCACGAUUUUUGUCUGAGCAGUGAACCACUGUCGCGAAUAUACAUUGAACAAGAACUUAUUAGAGUUUUGACUUUGGAAGAAGUCAACCUUACAAGAUUGGUGGAUUAUGCAUGGAGAGAAGCUUCUAGAAGUAGUGUUUAUCUGAAUCGCCACCACUUCAACGCUUUGUACGAGCAUCGAUACGUUAUACUUGAAGAGGAUGCUCGUGAUUAUUCUUUUCGUAUGGUUCCGGCGGAGUAUUCGUCGAUCGAGGGGCUGAAGACGGUUGAUUCUCGUCGGAAUAUGGCGGAGAUGAGUUGUUGCUCGGUUUGCUUGGAAGACUUAUCCGGCGGUGAAGAAGUAUUAUUAUUAUCGAUGCCGUGUUCGCAUAUUUUUCACGGAGAUUGUAUCAAGAAUUGGCUGAGGACUAGUCAUUAUUGCCCACUUUGCCGCUUCGACCGAUCGGAGUUAGAUAUAUAA